GCCAUAGAAAAACAUCUCAUCAGAAAGUCCAAUGGAGGACUGACCUUCAUUGGGGAGUGGAAGAACGGGCACCUUGAAAGAAAGAUGGGCCAUUUGACCUGUUUUGCAGGGGGAAUGUUUGCCCUUGGAGCAGAUGGUUCCAGAGAUGAUAGAGCUGGACAUUAUUUGCAGCUUGGAGCUGAAAUUGCACAUACGUGUCAUGAGUCAUAUGACAGGACAACAUUAAAGCUGGGUCCAGAAGCAUUCAAAUUUGAUGGUGGCGUAGAGGCUGUGGCAGUGCGGCAGAAUGAGAAGUAUUACAUCCUAAGACCAGAAGUGAUUGAGACCUACUGGUAUAUGUGGAGAUUCACCCACGAUCCCAAGUACAGGCAGUGGGGCUGGGAGGCAACGCAGGCAAUUGACAAGUAUUGCCGAGUCAGUGGUGGCUUUUCUGGUGUCAAGGAUGUCUAUUCCUCAUCUCCUACUUAUGACGACGUACAGCAGAGCUUUUUCCUUGCUGAAACUUUGAAGUAUUUGUAUCUGCUUUUCUCCAAUGAUGACCUUCUACCAUUAGACAACUGGGUUUUUAACACAGAAGCUCAUCCUCUGCCUGUUUUACAUUUAGCCAACACCACACUGUCAGGAAAUCCUGCAUAUCGAUAAAAACAGCUCUAUGAAGAGGAAGAGAGACUGUUUUCAGCUCUGUUUUGUUUACAUGGACCACUUGAGACUUUAAGCAGGAGAGGAGACAGACACUUGAUAAAACUAGACCUCUGAGUCAAGCGAGUACCGGCGUGAGAAACAAAGCUCUUCAACAUAUAGAUAAAAGUGCUGUUUUAUACAUGACCAAAACACAUUAGUGUGGUAUUUGCAGGACAGAAACUUCACGUGCUUUGAACCCUAGCAAGACAUGGAAUCUACUGUUUAAUAUAAAUGCAGCAGCAUAAGGAAGAGGAGGCUUUCCCGUCCAGGGCGAGGAACUUGCUGCUGCUGCUGUUCACUGUUGCAAGGAACAACAUACAAGUCACCUCUUCAGAUCGGGUGGGUUCCGAAUACCUAGAUUUUAUUUUUCUUUUUUUUUUUGUUUGAUGAUGGCAUGAACAAAGCAACAACAAAAAGCAAUGUCACUGCACCAGCAGCAUCAGGAUUUGAAUUUUUUUCUGUACCUG